AGACGCACAGGAAGUAUGAGGCAGGGAAGGAACAACGUAAGUUGCAGCAGCAGUGGGAGCUCUGUUUUUCAGUAGUUUAGAAUCCAAUAAUGCCUUAAAGGGAGAAACAUGACAAACGAGGGAGACAGGAAGUCCAAGUUUUAUACGUGUAGCUGCUUCACGACUGAUAACAUCUUCCUGGACGAAUACAAGCUGCAUGUUCGUUUUGUGUCCGAGAAGCAGUUCAGACUGGAUUACCAACCACUGCUAACGAGGCUUGGUUGCGUCACGGAGCAGCAGUUUGUAGACGUGCUUACAAAGAUAUCCCAGGAGGUUGACAGAAGAAGGUGCAUAUGUGAGACAUCUGCUGAAAGAACUGCUGCCAUAAAACAUAUGUACCAGCCUCUCCAUCCUCAUGUCUACCAUCUGCAGGAGUCCUACCUCGCUCCGAAGCUCAUGCAGAUUGUUGAGUACUGCAGAAGUAGUGGCACUUGUGAAGGCCUUGUGGAACUGCUAGAGGACGUAGGAGCUCCAAGAGUGUAUCGGUUCCCAGUGUUUGAGAAGAACUUCUGUGAGGAGCUGGUGGAGGAGCUGGAGCACUUUGAGGAGUCGUCAGCCCCUAAAGGAAGACCCAACACCAUGAACCACUAUGGAAUUCUUCUCAAUGAGUUGGGCUUUGACAAGGGCUUCAUCAUUCCUCUUCGUGAGCGCUACCUGCAGCCACUCACUUCUCUGCUGUACCCGGACUGUGGGGGUCGCUGUCUGGACAGCCACAAAGCUUUUGUCGUUAAAUAUGACAUGAAUGAGGACCUGGAUUUGAGCUAUCACUAUGACAACGCAGAGGUCACUUUGAAUGUUUCCCUGGGCAAAGAGUUCACCGAUGGAAACCUUUUUUUUGGUGAUAUGAAACAGGUGCCUGUUAGUGAGACUGAGUGCACAGAGAUUGAACACAGGGUUACUGAGGGGCUCCUGCACCGGGGCCAACACAUGCAUGGGGCCCUACCUAUAUCCUGUGGCCAGCGUUGGAACCUCAUCAUCUGGAUGAGGGCCUCACAGGAACGCAACAAACUGUGCCCUAUGUGCAACAGAAGGCCCUCGCUGGUGGAGGGAGAUGGCUUUGCUGACGGAUUUACAAAACACCCAGAAGCCCAGCAGAAUGACUCGUGUGCUUUAACGUGAUUGUAUCGAACUGUUGUCUGUCUCCGAUCACAGACACAGGGACUUUAGGGAUCUUCUUUCUUUAAAUAUAGAUUAAAGAUCAAGUCUAUCCUCUCAAUAAAACAAGCUGCUAAGUACAUCUGGAUCUGGUGACAUCAUAUAUCAUAUAAUGUGAUUAAAACUCUUUAAUUAGUCCCUUA